GGGCUCGAAACUAUCAGUCAUUUUAGUGCAGUGUCUGAUUUCUGGUAACGGCGAACCAGUGGGGUGAGUCAAAGCAGAUAGGACGUCGCACCACUUCCUGGUUUUUUUCUUGUCUCAUACCAAGGCCCGCCCCUAGACCGGAGCUGUCGCGACGAGAGCCGUCGGCAGUGCACUAGCACACAGAGUACUGCAACAGCUGCGUAUCGGAGCAGCCUCGGUCUGUGGAUGAGCGCUUUGUCACGCACUGCCCUGUCCUGUGCAAGUUGACGCGGAUCUCGAAAUACCCAUGGUUAGACGGGACUGUUGCCUCGACGAGAACAAAAAGGUGGAAAGGGGACCCUUACCAUUGUACAGGUUUCUGGACAACGCUUGAACCUCCAACAUGGACAAAACGUUGCACAUUCUGGCGAAACCAGCAGCCACUACAGAUAAAGUUAUGGAGGAACCGACGCUCAAUCUGACAAUGGGUGCUGCUGAAUUUACGGAGCAACAAAUGGUACUAGCUGGCAAGAUACCUUUAGUGAAACCCUGCUUUAAAAAGAAGCAGAUGAAACUGGACCCAAAUUGCCUUCGGACUCUGGCAGACCCUAUUUUGACCACAUUGCUUAACGCGGACGCACUUGUGACCGGGGAUGGAGUGUUUGUUCCCAGGAACCCGGCUAGGACGCAGAGGAAUCUAUGUACUGCUGCGGUAGUCGUGAAACAAACACGGGUCGAUCAGGUAUGUCUGAAGGGCGAGGGCAACGUGUCUGGACUGAUGAGCAAUACAGAAGACACGGAAAUGGCGGACACAUCAACCGAUAUUCGGGAAGGUGGGCAGAAGGUGACUGAUAUUCAGCGGGUGACAAUGGACGCUAAUGAGCACCGCUUCCCGCCUCAGGCGCGCGACGUGACGGCGCCGACCACCGCUUCUCCAUGCGAGGGGCAAAAGGUGAAUGACAUCUAUACCUCGGAGUCCUUGCAGGGUGCAAAUUGCCGUGCCAUCAAAGACGGGUCGACGCAGGGCGAGAUCUUUUUGGAUAAAAGCGAAGAAGCCUCUUUGGAUUUAGUCUUUGAACUUCUGACCCAGCUGCAGUACCACACGCAUCAAGGCGACGGGGUAUCGAUUUGCGUGGAUUUCCUCCAGGGGGUCUGUGUCUAUGGCAGCGACUGUGCACAGCACCACACCGUGUUGCCCUACCACUGGCAAAUUCGCAGAGCCGACACGAAAAUUUGGCAAAGCAUAUCGGACGAUUCGCAAGAACAGUUGGAAAGGCUCUAUUGCAAUCCGGACAAUGAACAAAUUAAACUGAAGUUUCUGGGUCGCCUCUUCUCCCUAGACUUCAGUGUGAUGAGGGUGUGCGACACAGAGUUCGACCAAGUCCGACGCCUGUCCACGGCCUCCUCUUCCUCCUGCACCACAAGCCCCACGCCAAGCAGCACCAACCCCAGCACCAGCCCCGCCACGCCCGCCCCCAACUGCCUCACCGCCUGGAAGUACUACUGCAGAGACAACUUUGGCUGGAGGGAGUACUCAGAGCCGGUGGUACGUCUGAUCGAGGAGGCGAGUGGGCGGGGCCUGAAGGAGGUGCGCUUCAUCACGCUGCAGAACCAGUACAUCCUCAACAUCCGCGAGGGCUUCCAGCAGAACGCCGUCUUCGGCUUCCGCCGGCAGAUCAAGAAGCGCCCGCUCUUCCUCUCCGCAGUCAUGCUCACGCCGCACCUGCAGACGCUCAGUGGCCUGUCGUCGCUGGAGUCCUCCUCCUUGACGACGCCCCUGCCGUUGUCCCCCACCUCCGUGGCGCCGCCCAAGGUGUUCCCCGAGACGUGGCUGCCCAUGAACGCCAGUCUGGACUUCUUACAGGUGCCCGUGUCGCGCGAGGACCGCAGCUACCGCACCGUCUACAGCCUCUUCCACAAGACCGUCUCCGAGACGCGCUUCCGCAUCACCAAGAUCAUGCGCGUGCAGAACCCUUUCCUCUGGGAGAAGUACAAGAGGAAGAAGGAGUACAUGUCCCGGCGCAUGUCGGAGGUGGACCGCAUGCUGAACGAGCGCCACCUGUUCCACGGCACCUCGGCCGACGUGGUGGAGGGCAUCUGCAAGCACAACUUCGAUCCACGCGUCUGCGGCAAGCACGCCACCAUGUUCGGCCAGGGCAGCUACUUCGCCCGCAAGGCCGUCUACUCGCACAACUUCGCCAAGCGCUCGCCCAAGGGCAAGCACUACAUGUUCCUGGCCAAGGUGCUGACGGGCACCUUCACCGUGGGCAACCCCUCCAUGCGCCGGCCGCCGCCGCUCAACCCCCGCGACCCCUCCAGCGACCUCUUCGACUCGUGCGUCGACAACUGGAUGGACCCGCAGAUCUUCGUCAUCUUCAACGACGACCAGAGCUACCCGUACUUCAUCAUCCAGUACGAGGAGGUGUCCAACACCGUGGCCAUCUGAGGAGGACCACCGACCAUCCACCUCCUCCACUAACAUUGCUUUAAAAGACAGAAAAAGAAAACAAAGCAAGCAAGCCUGCCUUUGCCUUGCCUUGCCUUGCCUGCCUACAUGCCUGACUGCCUGCCUGCCUGCCUGCCUGCCUGCCUGCCUACCUGUCUGCCUCUCAUUGCUGGAGGCAUGCAGAGGACCGUGGUGGUGGUAGUGGUGGUGGAGUAGGAGGGGGGGUGGAGGGAGAGUCCCCCCAAGGGUACUUGACUUGUCUGGACGGGACUGCAGCAGAGGACUGAGCGGACUGAGGGGAUGACGAAAACAGAGAAAACAUCCCCAAAAGCUUCAUGCCCUACUUACACUCUUUUCUUAAUUUCACCAAUCGGAGGAGGGUGUGUGGGUGUGGGUGUGUGUACAGUAUGUGUCUGUGUGUGUGGGUGGGUGAGUGUGUGUGUGUGUGUGUGUGUGUGUGUGUGUGUGUGUGUGUGUGUGUGUGUGUGUGUGUGUGUGUGUGUGUGUGUGUGUGUGUGUGUGUGUAACAACCAUCUCUUCACAGCCUCCCUGCUCUUGUUACAGAAACAGGGUGCUGUGUGGGACAGUGUUUGACCAAUAGCCUAAGUCAAUGGCUGUACAGAUUAGAAGCUGCUCACAGGUAUUUCCGCUUACUAACAUAUUGUGCCUAUGUGUCUAUGGAAUACUGUGCCUACCUUAAAUCUUGUAGUGAGACCAAACAACAACAACAGAGUAAUACCCAAAAUCAUACUAGAUUUAUCAAAAGCAAGUAGUAGUGGACUCAUGAAGUAUGGUACCUCUCAAAGUGGUGCAGUACACAGUCGCCUGGCUCUUUGUACCAGUUAGUCAAUCAUUUUAUGCAUUUUUAAUGCCCUCGAUCACUUAAAUUAUGCUUGGCAAGGGUCAGGGAUGUACGCUUUAGUGACAUUGCAGCUACACGAUAAUGUGAAUGAACAAAAGUGACGUUUGCCAACCAAAAAAAAGUGGAAGAAAAGAAAAGUGGAACGUGUGCAUUGCCUUAUGAUCGAUUAGCUUUUUCUCAUACUUGACUGCAAAACGUAAAAUGAUGUAAACAAACAAUGACUUGUGAUUCACCUAUUUGGUGCCACUCCAUAGACACGUUAACUUAGAAUGGCAUGCUAUUAGCGCACAGUGUACAAAGGUGCACUGGCUCAAAUCUCGUCUGAAAAUCAUAUCAGAUAACUCCAUAGCUGGAAGGCCAGUGGAGCACAGAACAGUCUGGGACAGCUUGUAAAUAUUUUAAACAUAGAGAAGCCAGAAUUUGGCUAGGCUAAGCUAACCUGAGCUAUUUCACAACAGCUACGUAGUUUAGCGGUGCUACCCAGCGGCUUCAGUUGUCAAAUUGUCAGCUGUGUUGUUGUGUUAGACUCUGAGCUUGGUCUAGUCCUUAGACGCUGUGAGUGUAAGUUAUUUUCUCCUCUUUCCAGAGCAGGGGAAUUGAGUAUAAGCUGAGUGCACAUCAAAUCUAGUAUGGCAGUUGUAUUUCUCCGUAGAAAACUGUCUGCAUGACCUGAUGUUGUUCUGGUAGCUAGUUUGGCUUGUCUGUAGGCUUGAAAUAUUGGUUAAAAACACACUUGAAUGAUUGAACGUGUUGAAAGUAUGUAUGUAUGUAUGUAUGUAUGUAUGUAUGUAUGUAUGUAUGUAUGUAUGUAUGUAUGUAUGUAUGUAUGUAUGUAUGUAUGUAUGUAUGUAUGUAUGUAUGAAUGUUGAACACCCACCCCAUUCAUGCGAAGGCAUAAUUGUGUUGGAUAGGCAGCUGUUAAGCAGCGGCUAUAGGUUGUGUGCAAAAUAAUGUGUCUUGUAAGUGACCAGGACUGUGUGUGCACGUGGUGGUUGUGUGUACGUACGUGUGUUUGUAUGUGUGUGUGUGUGCGUGUACGAGAAAUGUGUAUGAGCUGACAUGAGUGCAGCAGACAUUUUGAAACCCUUUUUGGUGGCUUGUCCUAGUUUAGGACUUGGGCCCUGUUGUGACCGUGAAGUUUUUUUUUUCCUCAAAAGCAAAAGAAAGAAAGAAAGAAAAGAAAGAAAGACUUACCUCUCUUUUUUCAUUCAUCCCAUUGUCCACAUAACCGCUUUCCACAUUUUGUGAGCGAAAUUGUAUAUAUGUUCUUCUUUGUUUAUAUUUCAAACUGUGUGCCUUUUGUUCAUAAAUAAAAUGUUUAUUUAUGUUAGUUAAUGUUACAUUGA